CGCGAAGACGUCAGCCAUUGCCGCAAACAAAGCGGCGGUGGAAGCUGACAUGAAACAGUGGCGUUCGUGUCAUCUUCCCCUCCUCUCUCACUCCUUCUCUCUUACGCUCGCGGAAGAAGAUAUUUUCAUUUGCAUUUUCGCCUGUUUCUUUAUUAAUAUUUCAUAUCCACACAUAUAUAUAAUCCUCUUUUCAUCUUCGAGCCAUGACCGGCAAGGAAAUUCUCCACAAGAUGAAGGAAUCCGUCAAGGAGAAAGUUGGGCUUGUUGCGUCCGCUUCUGCAGAUUCAGGGAAAGGUAAGAGCAAGAUGUCGAAGCAGAUCACACAUGGUUUUCACUUGGUGAAAGGGAAAGCUUUUCACGAGAUGGAGGAUUAUGUGGUUGCCAAAUUCAAGGAAGUUGAUGACAAUGAGCUUGGCCUGUUUGCUAUCUUCGAUGGCCAUCUUAGCCACGAGAUUCCCGACUACUUGUGCUCCCAUUUGUUUGAGAACAUCUUGAAAGAGCCGAAUUUCUGGCAAGAGCCUGAGAUAGCGAUAAAGAAAGCUUACUAUAUAACGGAUUCGAAGAUUCUGGAUAAGGCGUCUGAUUUGGGGAAAGGAGGCUCGACUGCUGUGACUGCGAUAUUAAUUAAUUGCCAGAAGUUGGUGGUUGCUAAUGUUGGAGACUCGAGAGCUGUUAUUUGCAAAGAUGGUGUUGCGAAGCAACUCUCUGUUGAUCACGAGCCAAACAUGGAGAAAGAUGAAAUAGAGAACAGAGGCGGAUUCGUUUCAAACUUUCCUGGGGACGUUCCUCGAGUUGAUGGUCAACUGGCUGUGGCAAGAGCAUUUGGUGAUAAGAGUAUAAAGAUGCAUUUGAGUUCGGAACCAUAUGUUACGGUGGAGAUAAUUGGCGAUGAUGCAGACUUUCUGAUCCUAGCAAGUGAUGGACUUUGGAAGGUGAUGUCGAACCAAGAGGCUGUUGACUCGAUUAAGGGAAUAAAAGAUGCAAAGUCUGCAGCUAAGCAUCUCUCAGAGGAGGCUGUUGCAAGGAAAAGCUCAGAUGAUAUCUCAGUGGUCGUCGUGAAAUUUCAGUAACCUAUGUUUACGGGAGAAGAAGAGACCUCUGCAGAUUCCAUUGAUCAUAAGUCUUACUGGUCACUGAAACGAGUAAUGAGUCUUUGAGUUUGGACCAGCUAAAGAAUCAGAACAUGAUAUAUACAAGUUUCCUCUGUAAGAUGCAAUCAUCAGUGCUUCUAUUUACUCUUUUCUUUUUCUUUUCAACUGUGUGAUUUCUUAUUUGUCUGUUUCUUUCUGGGAAUAAAAAUUAACACUGGAGCUUUCUUUGCUUCGCUUUUUUUUUUCUUUUUAAAUUAUUUAUACAUUACAGCAAUGUAAGAAAGAGAAAUAGUUAGAAGUAGUGGGUAGUGAAAUAGACAGGACAUAAAAGGUUUCACAUGCCAAACUGUACUCAUGUCUUGAAUCUAUCAUCUACGACUUAAGCUUUUGGGGUUUUGCAAA